UGUAAAAAGUAGGAAGUAAAAAUAUACUCCACCGAGUGAUUUACGUAUUUUAUUAAUUUUGUGGUAUUUCUUUUCUCUGUUGUACAAUAUUAUAACAAUACCAGUUGUAUACAGAAUUAGUGAUGUUGAAUAAUUCUUUUAAAAAUCUUUUACUUAAAAGAAUAGGACAUCAAAAUACAUUUUUCAUUGAAUAGGAUUCUAUCAAUCGCCAUUACAAGCAAGAUACCUAAACCUGCCUCAUCGUGUUCUUUGGAGUUUUGAUAAAUUACUCCUACUAUCCGAAUACGAGGUUGACCUAAGUUCUCGAUGUAGGUUUGAUGCCUAUUUAUUUAUAAAAAGAACCCAGUUUUCUUUCAAUUUUGGCGGGAGACCUGGCACGUUGUGUGGCUGUCGUAAAGCCAUCUGUCAUCUGUCGCCUCUGGCCUCGUCGACGCCGUUAGAGUUCAUGUUUCAGUGGUUUUUACCUGUAAAAUUAGCAGUGCAAUAGUGAAAUUGGUGUUGUGCGAUCGAUGUGGACAUUCGAAGAUGCGUCACGAAUAGGCGCGUCGGAUAUGGAUAACAGGCGAGCGUGCCCAAGUUACGAAGCCGGGUUCGACGUAUGCGAUCCUUUGGGGUCAGUGUUGGAGUGGUCAGGGUCGGGUCGCGCGCCAGCCCGCGUGUUGCGGCGGAGGUGCCGCAGCGAAGGCGUGGACCGGAGUCCGUACGAGGAUGUUAGUCGCGAGGCGCACCGCUCGGCGGACGGUUACCCUCGCUACCGCGCGUUGCCGAACAAGAGCCACUUCACGCUGAACAGCGCCGAGACCCCGUACGAGCGCUUUCAGCACGAGUGCUCGCUGCCCGCGGCCGUCAACGGCGACUACAUCAUGGCUCACGAACCGCACAGACACCAUGGAUACCAGCCAGGAAGAUCAAAAUUCCACAGAACAAGCCCCACUAGACCUUUACUCGUUACAACAUUAUCAAACACUAAAGUCGACGACAGGCUACCAAAAGUAGAAGAAUUAUUAGAAAAAGUUGAUCAAGAAAUGAUGGAAGUACAAGUGGCCAAACAACCUCUGAAAUCAAUACUCAACAACCCGCUACCAAAGUCACCUCCACAGAGCAUACUCAAGAAACCCAAAAAUAGGUCAUAUCAGGAAUGCAAGCUGAACGAAGGCCGUAGAAGGCAGAGGGCAGCGAGUGAAUCUGACAAUCUUUACUGCAAUUUCCACAUUGGAUCACCGAUACCUGGAUAUGACAAUCGUUUGUCAUAUCUAUCAAGCAGUAUGAAAAGAGCUAAAGACAACUCCGGUACUGGCUACUCGUAUGGUACGGCAAUUGCUUCACUCAGCAACACACCGACCAAAAGCUCAUCAAACUAUUCCAAAAGCCAACGAUGCACUUGCAAGGAUCAGGUCAUAGUGACGAACAAGGACGAAGUUCACAACAUACACAUUUUGAGGACCACAGCAAUUAAUAAUGACACCGUUGGAGAUUCUCCUGUAGUUGAAAUGCCCCGCCAAGACACGCCCACGCCCACGUGCCCAGCGGUGAGCCCCGCGCUCCCCGUGAGCUCCGUGACCGCCAUAGUGGGAAAGAAAGGCAAGAGCGUCAAGAAGAAGGCCAAGUCCAAGAUCAAGGUCGCCAAGAUGAAGUCGAGCAGCAAGACCGAGUGCAGCGCGGUGGAUGGGGAGGCUGACGAUGCUCACAGCAGAUCACCGUCCCCAGACACGACUGACUCGGCGUGGCAAAUGGACACGGACACAGUGCCUGCCGACAUCAUAGACAGGGUAGAGCGGACCUUCAAGAGGGAAGACCACCCCGACCCUAAUUCCAUAAACAAACUGUCCACCAAACUGAACGGGACCGUCGUCUCGCCCAAGAAGGUGCCUUCUAAAGAGAAGAUAAACAAGGAACAACUGUUCAUAACGGCAUUACACACGACAAAUCCGUUUAAAGCCCUGCCGACACGCAAAGAAUCUCCCCUUAGUCUACCAGACGCAAUCAGCAGCUGCCUCCGACCGUCCCUCUUUCCCCGCGUGCCUCCGUACCUGAAAUUCGUCGGCCACGAGGACACGGUACCUCUCAAGAUACCAGUGCCCAUACAGAAGCACCUCAAGUGGAAACUGACCACGAUCACACCGAUAGUUGUUAAGAAAACACUUACUAACUCCGGCUUCAGAUUAGUGAAGAGCGAAUGUGAUACGGCGGAGUGUCCGCAAGAAGAGACAGUGGAAUGGAUAGGCAUAUGGGGCAAGCACAUGAAGUCUCUCAUGUUCCGGGCCAUAAAAGACGGUCAGAAGAUGAACCACUUCCCCGGGACUUUCCAAAUAGGCCGCAAGGACCGGCUUUGGAGAAACCUUCAGAAGCUGGCCAUCAAGUUUGGUGUUAACGAGUUUGGCAUCAUGCCGAAGACGUAUGUCCUGCCGCAUGAUCUGAGGCUGCUCAAGCAUGACUGGGAGAAGUACGCUGCCAAUAAUGAGAAGUGGAUCAUCAAGCCGCCGGCGUCCGCGCGCGGUACAGGCAUCAAAGUGGUCUCCCGCUGGACGCAAAUCCCAAAGAAGCGGCCGGUGGUGGUACAACGCUACGUGGCGAAGCCCUACCUCAUUAACGGGAACAAGUUCGACAUGCGGCUGUAUGUGCUCGUCACCUCCGUGCACCCGCUGCGGGUCUACCUGUACAAGGACGGGCUGGCCAGAUUCGCUUCAGUUAAGUACAACGACGAGCUGACGUCACUCAACGACCGGUAUAUGCACUUGACAAACUACUCAAUCAAUAGACUGUCGAAAAACUACACGCCAAAUGAAGACUUCGCGGCUUGCGAGGGCCAUAAGUGGACGUUACAAACCCUGUUCCACUACCUAAAGACUGAGAAGAACGUCGACACAGACGCGUUAUGGGACUCCAUGAAGGACCUGGUCAUCAAGACCAUAAUCUCCGGCGAGGCUAGCAUCAGUUCCCUGACGAAAGCCAACGUCACGUCGCGGUACAACUGCUAUGAGCUGUUUGGCAUUGAUGUGCUGUUGGACGAGGAUCUCAAGCCUUGGCUGUUGGAGGUGAACAUCUCACCAAGCUUGCACAGUGCGUCGCCGCUGGACAUCCACGUGAAGGGUCCUCUGGUGUCCACGGUGCUCAACAUCGCGCAAUUCCAGGUCCCCAUCAAGACCAACCUGGAGAUGCUUUCCAAGGAGAAGCCGCACAAGCUGGCGGGGUUGCCUUACGAUAGCAGAUUAUACACUGUGUACCUGUCAAAAGAAGAAAGAGAUAAACAUAUUAUUUAUACAAACAUGGAGGAGAGAGAUAUGUAUCUUCGCGACAUCCUGUCGACGCUGACGCCGGACGACGUGCGACACCUCAUCCAGGCCGAAGACGAGCUGACGCAGGCCGGCGACAUGGAGCGGGUGUUCCCGACGCACGACACGCACAAAUACCUGCUGUUCCUGGCCGGCCCGCGCUACUACAACCGCCUGUUCGACGCCUGGGAGGCGCGCUACGCCGCCAACCGCACGCCGGCCCUGCUGUCCCUGGCCGGCCCGCGCUACUACAACCGCCUGUUCGACGCCUGGGAGGCGCGCUACGCCGCCAACCGCACGCCGGCCCUGCUGUCCCUGGCCGGCCCGCGCUACUACAACCGCCUGUUCGACGCCUGGGAGGCGCGCUACGCCGCCAACCGCACGCCGGCCCUGCUGUCCCUGGCCGGCCCGCGCUACUACAACCGCCUGUUCGACGCCUGGGAGGCGCGCUACGCCGCCAACCGCACGCCGGCCCUGCUGUCCCUGGCCGGCCCGCGCUACUACAACCGCCUGUUCGACGCCUGGGAGGCGCGCUACGCCGCCAACCGCACGCCCGGCCUAGAGCUGCUCCGCAACCUGUGCGAGAUCGGCUACCACCUGGAGGUCCCGCCGGUGCCCCUGAAGCGGGCGGCGCCUCAGCUGAGCGCGUUGGAUCGUUGCAGAAUGAUGUGGAUGCGCCGUCGCCGGCCGCCUCGGAGCGCGCCUCCGUGCCCUCGGUCCCUUCUGCGGGCUCGCUGGAGCGCGAGUGCGCCGCGCCCGCUCCCGCUCCCGCGCCCGCGCCCGCUCCCCGCCUGUGCGGCGACGCGCUGCCCCGUCCGCCGCCGCCGCCCGCGAUCGAACCCCGCGCGUAGCGUCAGCGACAGCGACGCCCAAAUUCAAAGUGAAUCGACUCUAGUGUAAUGUAAAUUCACAGUGACGUGUUGGGCGGCCAAAUCGAAGUGUUGUGCUGUCAUCGCUCUCGACAUUCCUUGGGGCUACUCUGAUAUAGACUUUACUUUUCAGUUCAUUCAAAUCGAUAAUUUUUCAGUCACGUAUUGGAGUAACCCCGCUGCUCAAAUUUCACUUCAACAUGCGAGGAUAAUAAUUAUGAUGUAAACUGUAUGAAAAAAAUUGAAAAAUAUAAAAUUUUAUUAGGUACUGUACCAUUAUGGAAUCUGGUUUCGGUGUUCAAUGUGAUUAUACCGUUUAAGAUAUAUUUCUAUGAAAUUGUUGUAGCCUUAACUAUUUUAUUAAAUAGACUUUAGUUAUAACUUCUGCGCAGUUAAUUGUAUUUUUCAGUCAAUGUUUUAGUGUAGUUGUUUUGCAGAUUGAAGUCGAGUCAGAAUUACAUAAUUACUUCUGCCAUGUUGCUAUUAAGCGGCUAAACAAUUGAGCAUUUUUCUGACUGGCGACAAUAAGCAAACAUACCGUUUUCAAUCGUCAGCAUGUUAGUUAAGAUUAUAUUUAUAAACCGAAUUUUAACUUACUAGGCUACAAUAAGUACCUAAUACAAAAAAAUCGUCGCUUUACUUUAUAAAUAAAGAGUAAAAAUUCCAGUCUACUUUAAGUAACACAUUUUCUCUUCGUACAUUUUGUGAUUGUUAGUUUGUCUACAAAACAUGUUGGCGGUUAAUGUGUAAAUAUCAAAAAUACAUUUGACCUGAAGAACUGACCUAAUCCUAUUUCAUCUAGGGUAAACUUCCAGUCAUUUGACAAUGGCUGUGUUCAGCUGAUAAUUAGCAUUGUUAGAAUUUGCUAGCAAAGUGACGGCGCUUAUCGCUAAAAGGACGCUAUUUUACUUGCUAGCGCUAUUUUCAGCCAAACGCCCCCAAUUUUAACAUUAGUCGACUGUUGCGAAGAGUAAUUCACCGACACAUUACUGAAACGUUAUAUUGAGUAUUAGACAUAAUGUAUAUUGAAUUGCAAUGUAUUAAACCUGCUAAAUGCUGCCUAGAAAUGAAAUAAAGGCGAUGUAUCGUUCGCCUUUGAGGUAGUCUCAAUGAGAUCGUUUAUCAGGUGUUUAAAAUUCAUAGCGUCCAUUGACUGGCAGAAUGCUCUAAAUCGUUACAAAAAACUGACAAAUAAAUUACCUUCAUAGUAUUAGGUCACUUUUUCAGAAGGAACUUGUUCAAACCUUUUAAAUUACUAUUGACUGAUAUGAUGUACUAAAUAUUGUAACCUUAUUGUAGAACAAACCUUGCCGUUACACGGAUUGUAAGGACAACUCAUUUUGAUCUCCUGUACAAAAUAUAAUAUUAGUACAUUAUGUAUCGGGGGAUUCUCUCUUCUCAUUUCAUUUAAAUAAAUCUUUAAUGUGUAUUUAUUGUAUACAUAUGAAUUAUGUAUAAUUAAUUUAAUUAGCUUCACCUUGAUAUAGCGGGUUGUAACAAACCAAUGUUUUUGACUCCAGUUUCCCUAGAUUACGAUAAAUCUUGAGAUUCUAAAAGGAAAUGUUAAAAAAUAAUUUAGAUUUUUGGAAUUUUACAAUGUGUUCAUCGUAUACCUAGUGUUGCUAGAGUAACAGUUUGUGGAUAAGCGAGCGAUCAUCGUAAACUUCAGAAUCGUGUUCAGGAAUCGAUUAAAAUUCGAUGUAAAUAUUUUAAUUCAAUAAACGUAUCGACUUUAACGUAUUUCGAUUGUCAUUCCUCUUUAAGAAUUACAAAUUAUGAUAUUUGUUUCCUGUCUUUCGGUACAUAGAUUAAUAUGAUUUUAAAUAAUUUAUUAUUGUACCUAUUAUAAUUUGAAAAGUAAAUUAUUUGUAAUCGUAAAUAAAUAAAUUGUUUGACAUGUCAUGUUUUAGUUUAUGAUUGAAUGUAAUGGUAUCCCUGUAGGCUGUAGAUAUAUUUUUUAAUUAUUUUAUUAUGAUAAAGUUGUUUUAGUAACAGCUGUUUCAAUUUUGAUCUUUGUAUUUUCAUAGCUGGAUGUGACAUGUUUUGUAGUUUGUUGUUUAACUGGGAUCUAAAAGACGCUAAUAUUUAACUACCAGUAAAAGUGAUCUCCAAAGAAAAGUCACGAUAAUUCUUGUAUUGAAGUCCAUUUGUGUAUGCAUUUAAAUAAUUGUUCCAACACUCUGCAGAGUGUAUCACCUGGAUAGUUUUGACCUGAUCCUAAGGAAUUAUUAAAAAGGGAAAAACUUA